AUGAAAUCGCGUCCGCGCGACGGACGCCGCAGAUUUACUGCAACGGGAUUAUGGAUUUAUGCGCGCGGACGCGCCGGACGAAGAUAAAGGCGGAGGUAUGCAAAUACGUCCGGCGCGUUUUGCCAAAGUACGCGGACAAAACGGGAGGUGGACGCUGGAGAUUUACAGGUGCCAUCGCACCGCACUCGAGAGGAGGAGUCAAGGUCGAAGGAAUCAGAUUUCCGACCGUGUCGCGCCCCGGCGACCGGGAUAUCGAUCCGACGAUCGCCGUUUCUUGACACGAGGGCCCGCGAAUGAGGCUGCUUCUUAAUGGAAUUAAUUAAGACCUCCUCGCCUCUCGCCGUGGCGAUUUGAUUGAGGGACCACAGCAAAGCGCUGUAGUAUCGACUCCCGUUUCUCGUAGUUGAAAGAUAAAUCUUUAAAAAGAUUUUAGGAAGACUUUAAGAACAGUAGAAAGUAAUAUUUAAAAAAGGCAGAUUUUAAAAAUUUCGUAUCUGUUUAAAAGAAGAAUGCUAGAAAAAAUUACUUUUAAAGACAGAAACGUUAAAUCUUACAUUUAAAAAUUUAGGAUUAUGGUAACUAACGUGUAGCAUGGUGAUUAACGUGUCAUUUAUACUCAGCAUUUUUAUUAUGACACCUGAAAAUUUUUAAAUGCCAUCCUGAAAAUCUUUGGAGCGUUUUUUACGCAUUCACACGCGUUUAAUCAUGCAAUUACUUCCUACGAUCGCGAUUGCUGCAAGCCACGUGAGCAAGCGAGCUUUUCUAUCUUUAAUAGCAGCAAGACCUCCAUUCUUGGAUUCGUCUCGAAGUUGUAAAUAUUCCUUCGCUCUCGUACGAUGUCCACGAUAGAGUGCACCCGCAACAACGAUUUCGUCCUUGCUCGUUCCAUGCGGUUGUCUUCGUGGCUCGCGGCUAUGCAACGAGUGCAGCGUGUGUCCGGUGUUCCGGAUCGUUAUCGUAAAUUGGAUCGCAUUCUUGAAUUUCUCGAAACAACCAUAAAACGUUGCAGGCUCGUUUAUGGUUCCGAGCGGAUCUCCUUACGCUCUCGAUGACGAAGCUGCGUGCUGGAUUACACUGAAGAACGCGCGAGCGCAACGUUGAGCUCCAGUCGAGCCGAUAUUCUCUCCGAAAAUCGAAAAUUUACCUGCCGUUGUUUCCGAUUUUAUCAAGUAAAUAGUACCGUGAAAAAGCAACAAAAGUGGGAGAGAUUCAACGGUCUUCGUCAUUCGAGCGUGAUACUGCGCUUUUCUGCAUAUCAAAUAGGCGAGAUUGGCACCUCGCUGACCUUCCCAGAUGAUACGUCAUGUAUGCCCAUGAUCAUCGGCUGAUGACGAUGGUUUCUAAAAUAGAGAAACUAAUCGUGUUUUCAUCGUACUUUCGAAAGUUCAAUUAAAUGAAACUUUAAGAUGAAGACGAACGAUUUUUACAUUGACGUCGAUUGACGUACUAAACGGACACACGCGAUUUUUCAGAUAUCCAGCAAUAAUCAUAAAUUAUAAUCAUGUGACACUCUCUUCUCGCAUUUUAUAUGGCCAAAUAAUAACACUAUAUAACCGAGAAAUCCCGCAUCAAUCUCACGGUGAAACGGAAGAACUUAUUAAUAAACAGUUAGAAAUCUGAUCAAAACGAGUUAAAUGCAAAACACGCGCGAAUCUGAUCUAUUGUAUGCAUUUACAUUUUAUUUCCUUUCUUUCUUAUUUUGCAUUUAUAGUUUUUACUUUUUAUCUACUUUAUACUUUUGUCCCUCAUCUUUGCAUCUGCAUCUAUUUAUCUUUCCGCUGUGAUUGACCACCAAACGAGUCUUCUGAAGUCUUCGAUCAUUAGAAUUGUCGGAAAUUAUUGAUGAUGUAUCAUUUCUCAGAGGCCACGGCUCAAUUUCAUCAGAGUUGCAACGCAUGCAUGUGGUUGCGCCGAGAAUGCCGACGUCGGGCGGCUAUCUUUAGCGAAAGACUUUCGCCGCAGAAUCUGCCGAGAGCUUCACGCGGCGAUAAUAACCCUCGCGCCUGUGCUCGGGCACCUUUCUAAUCCAUAAAGGAGCCAAGAAUCGAAGCGCGAUCAAAGGAAGACCCAAAGACAGAACCGCGUUCCACUUUCAUUCAUAACGCCACCCAAUACAACCCACUUGGCUCCUUUUUCUUCUGUUUUUCUCACAGGUGCUUGUCAUCGUGGUCGUUUAGAAAUCGAACCAUAUAUAGCUGAAUAGCGUCUUCACGCUGACUCAUAAUUCCGUUUUGUUUUUUUUUUGGCACAGCUGAUUAGAAUACUGAUGUAGUCGGAAUAUUAGAAUACGAGAUUAGACAUGAGAUAAGUCGUGCAUGUUCUACUUUAAUUUUUAUGAGUAUAAACAAGCUCCAGCUUCAACAAUUUUACAGUUACAUGGUUGAACAUUUUAGAAACUGGAAGACAAUGACAAUGUCAGAACAUGACAAUGUUUUAUUUCAUAACGGAUAAUGCCACGUGAAGAAUUGAUGAUGGAUAACUCUGGAUCUCAUUUCUGAGACUAUAGUAUUCUCACUUACGCCUUUUCGGUAACAAAUACAUAUUUUCGCUCAAUGUUUCCUGCAGGUUGAUUUAUUACCGCAAUAUAAUGGAUCUUACUUCGCGCAGUUCUAAUCAGCGUGAUUUUGCGGACGUGAGAAUUCGUAAUAGGCGACCCACAUUUUCUGAUUGCGACUCUUCUGCGCCGACGGCGUUUCACCUGUCCGCGAUUCGGCCGCGAGUCCGGAAAGGGAAGAAGGAACGAGACGAUCAGAUUUUCGAAGCGGCGAAUUAUAAUAAAAAUGAGAGUAAACCUGUUUCCGGGACCGCCAGCGUCACGUGAGAGUGUGGUUUGCGGAAUCAUUUAUCCCCGACGAUACUUCGUAUUUAGAAAAAGAAAACGGAAGUAUGAAUAAGUUAUUUUGGGACGCAUCAAGCGAUUCCUCGGUUAAGAUAUUUUUACACGAAUUUAAAUCUAUGUGUUUUCUUUUUCACGAUAUUUUGACGUAUAUGUGUUUAAAUGUCUUUUCAAACAAUUAUCAUAAUUAGCAAAACUUUCUGGUAAGUGGAUUCUCUUUCGCUUUCCGACCAUUUCAUGUUCCCACGCUAGCUUGAUACCCGAAUUUACGUUCUCACGGUUUAGAGCGUUUACCGUUGAUUCGUUUACUACUUUUUGCGCAGACUUAUGUAAUCCGCGACUUAAUGCCGAUUUAUGUUCGGCAGAAGACCCGUUGCAAUCCUGAUGUCUGUGUUUGUACGUGUAUGUGUGGUACAUCAAUCAAUCUGCCUGUCGAUCACCUUAUAAAGCGACGGGAGAAGCCGACAAAGGAGCAUUCACAAACGAUAUAAAUUAUCUGGACAAAUGCAUUUUUGUAAUGAAUUUUAAAUGACACUAAUGGUAAAAUUUUUAUUUUCAUAUUUUGCUUUACAUCUCAUAAAAUGAUAUUUAUUUUGCAAACUAAAGUCUUGAAAAGUGCUCUCUUACCGAUCAUAUGAUCUUGAGUUGCUCUCUUUUUUAACGAUUGAUCAAUCAAACGUGUUUGUUCCAUCAACUUAAUUCUCUCGAGAGUCUAAUAAUUGAAUUACAACGCAGCUGCGAUUUGAAAUCGAUGUCGUACGACGGGCGGUAAAAGACUCUCUAAGGCCUCAUUUAGCGCGUCCCUUAUUCCAUAAUACUUAUCCUCUCAGGAAAGUAGGUUGGUGGUAAUCCUUAAUAUCGCGCGUGGCUAAUUUCGCGUUUUACUUCUGCGAAACAAUUUAACCGCGCGCUUAAAUUGUUAAAACCAAAUAAACGUCUUAUGGCGAUGCCAUGCGUAUUGCCACCAUGGCAGCCGCAUAUAGUUGCUACUGACUUCGCCAACCAAAGACACUUAAUGCCUGCUAUCGAGAUGCCAUUCGCGCGUAGCGUAAAACCGUCGCUUUCACCCCUUCCGCUGUCAUCAAGCAGCUGCCAUUAGAAACGAAGUGUGCAAGGGGACCGAGGACCAAUCUCAAAUGAAGUGAAUUUCGGGCGCAGCAUCGCUUCCAAGAAAAAGAAAGUCCACCUUGACGUAAGAGGUCCUAGACCCGACCGUCAAUUCCUGCCAUUCCGUUGCAAAUUGCCUGAACGAAAACAUAAGCGUAAUGCGUGACUUUCUGCGUUCGACUUACGUUCGAGUACUAGGUUCGGAUUUUUUGUUGAUAAAAAUGGUGUCUUUGAUGCGUUUGAUAUGUAAUUUUGCAAAUUACAACGUUGAGAGGAAAUAUUUGUGGAGUUUCAAGGAAUUACGGUAUUCGAUUGUCAUUUUGCGGUACAAAUUAUAAUUGCGCGAGGUACUCGGUUUUUUCUAUUAAGUAAAUUCAUUUGCAGGAGAAAGAGGAGUCUCAUAAUUAAUUCUUAAAAGGUAUUAAUUAAAGAGCGCGCAUAUGAUAUACAUAUAUUUAAAUCGUCUUUCAGAUACAUAAGGAGAUUUCGCAAAAAAUGCGGGAAUUAAGAAACUCAUAUCGUCGUAAAUGCGCUCACGACAAUCAUAAUGAAUACGAAAUAUAAUUAACGUGAGAAAGCGUUUUUGCGCGACUCGACUCGUCUAAUCCUAGCGCGAUUUCAUCGCGCCUCUAAGUGUCUCGUGUCGAAAUGCAUGUAGACUUUACUACGUAUGCAAAAUAAUCACUUUCGCCGUUUACUUUUUCGCGCGUGGAUAUUACAUAGAUCACUUGAUAUUAUAGAACCUGGUGUGUGCUUUCAAAGCAAUUAUAAAUGAUUUAAUCUGAGGCGAGAAAGUCUGCGAUUACAAUUUGCGAUUGCCUCUAAUGUCAAUAUAAUAUUAUACAAUUCAUUUUUAAUGUUCCUUCUGAAAAAAUUAAUCUUUUAUCUUUUAAAAUUAUCUUUUAUAAAAUAUAUUUUUCCUCGAACAGAUUUAAUACUCAAAGUUUUUGUAGAACGUUAAAUUGAACGUGGAUCGCGUAAAUAUAAAAAAUUCUUAAAUUCAUGAACGUAAAUAAAUUUCUCUGGAAGCAGUUCAAUACAUGUGGUCAAUGCCAUUACGUAGAAAAUACCAAGUACCCAAGUAAAAUUGGGUAAAGUAACUUUCUCUAAACAAUCACAUACUGUUAAUCGCUUUAUCGAAAGUAAGAAAUACAGAGUGGCAAUCAUAGAGAAAACACGUCAUCGGUUAGUCCAGUCCGUAAUUCGUCUCUCAAUUAAUUUCUUUCAACGAAGUGAUAUUUUAUACACAGAACGAAUCGCAACUAGUCAGGCGUGAGAUUUGAGUAAAAACGUAAUUUUAGAGAACGCCUCGCAUUGGAUCUUUAUAGAUUGAAUCACGCGUGACGAUCCAAUAGUCUCUCAGCAAGAAAUAAAGGUAUUUAAUAUAUUUUUUGUCAAACGCAACUAUUUAAGCGUUAAAAUUCAAGAAAAAGAUUUUCUCGUCUUACUAUCACUGCAUCUAAGUUACUGAGAAUAUUCUGCAUGCAGUUCUGUAAGGAUCAUUUGUCUCACGCACGCCAGAAAAAAGACCAGCGUCGCGAUGAUUGAUGGCGAGGAAAAACUUUCUCGACACAAUAGAGUGUCACAUCGAAAGUACCAGAUCCGGAAUAGUAAUCACAGCGGGAACGGCGUGUUGAUCAUCUGUUAAACAUGCAAUCAUAUACAGAGUGCCUCACGUUCCCGUCAUCUCUUAUCACGCGUUCGUUCAUUAAUUUGAACUUACCUUUAAAUUAAAUAUAUAGCGCCGUCUUUUUUCACACAGUUUCAAACAUCCUCGUAAUAUAUAUAAUGUGAAACAAAACUCAAAGCAAAGUUUCUUUCAAGUCAAGUGGGACACAAAAACGCUUUGCCACUUUUAAUGUUUUUUUGAGCUCGAUUCAUGAAAUUCUACGUUUAAUAGCUCAACCUCACGGAAGCUCUGAGAGGUCUCGAGCAUUUCUUCGACGCUUAAUGACGAAAGACUAACUGGACAAAAGAAAGUGCGCUGAACCUGGGACACCAUGUAUACCGUUGUAAGCGAGCAUCGCGAUGCUGCGUGUAGUCCAGCCGAGAGUAAAGCCGCGCUCUCUCGCACGGGGAGGAGGAGCAGACUGGCCGACUUCUUCCUUCUCUCCUUCUCGAGUACGACACGCUUCUCCGCCAACCCAACGACGCUUCGGUUUUCUCGGUCACGGCUGCACGAGGGGGAGACCCGGGAGUUCCUACAUUAUCCCCACGUGGACCACACGGGGAGGCUCGCCGUCCCGUACCGUAUCGCUGGAGAACCGUCCGUUUCGCGCCAGUUCGAAGAGCAGAUCGGCCGCAGGUGGAUUUGGCGAACGGGCAUUGCCACCGAGGAGUCCUGCCGGAACGGAAGUCCUCCAGGAAUCUCCGAACAUCGUGGUGCUCGCGGAUCGUGAAUAUUCUCCCACGUUCUGGAGUGUUUGAUGAUACCGUUUCAUAACAGUGGUGCAAGAUUGGCAAACGGUUGCAGUGGUAGUGACAGUGAGAUCCGUGCUGAUUGCAUAGCGGUAGAUACUGACACUGUUGAUGAGACUUAGAAGCUUGCUAGGAUGAGGAUAGGACGGUUGUGCUGGGUGCUGCUGACGGUCGCGCUACUAUCCCCGAUUUAUGCCGAGAAGGACGCUGGCAAUACCAACGCGAACGAAGAUGGGGAAGCUCAGGAGAAGAUAUCGGCGUCACUCAAACUCAGUGAACAAGAUGACAAGAACAUAACGAGCAAAGGGAUGAAGGCAUCGGAGAAGCAAGUUGGCAAAGUGAUAUCGACAAUACGCGGUACGUCAACCUCGCAGAAGCUGGCAGCGUUAAUUCCCACGAGUUCUGCAUCACGAGUUCUCAAAGAAGUUCAAUCUACUCUGAACGGAAGUAGCAGCAGCAGAGAAAACGCCAGCAGGGAACUGAAGCUACCGAUCAGCAUGGAUAUAGCGAAGAUCAUAUCCGAGGACUCCGACCUCGACGAGAGUGAGGAGGAAGACAACGAGGAGAUGCCCGAAGCGUUACCGGAGGCUCAAGAGCUGCGAUUAGUGAGGACUCACGAGCGACGACGACCGGUGCACAUUAAACCAUUGCGCCCUGUCAGGCCGUCUCCUCCGAAUAGAAGGAACGUUUACACAGGUCAGUUUGCCUUGGCGGUUAAUAAUCAUCAUCGAAUCGCAAUGAAUAAAAGUGCCACCGAGCCGAAACGGACCGUUCGAUUUCCAGGCCUGCCGCGGCCGUCCAUCAUACGACCGUCUAAACGACCGAGCGAGCCGAAGAGGAGACCCACGGAGAACGAAUGCACUUUCUUCACGAAGACGGUGUGUCUUGAGGCCAACGAUUACCCACAUGAAGCGAUAACAAGAAGUUUAAGGUCUAAUAAGGAAAUGGUGGCGGCAUUGUUGACCGACUACAAGGCGCAAGAUUACGGAAGUACGGAGGAUAAAUCGCCGAUUGCCCUGUCGUUGGAGACCAAGUAUGAAAACCGCUACGAGAACAGAUACGAGAGCAAUGAGAUUAAAAGAAGAUCCGACAAUCCUUUCGACAACAUAGAGGAGGGUUUCACCUGUCCGUCAACUGUCAAGUACGCUCGUCCGCAAUUGGCGAGAGCUGCUUCCGGAGUGUGGAAGUAUAUAAUAAAUACAGGCGAGCACACGCAGACGAUACGACUGGAAAAAUGCUCCAAUCCGCAGUCAAGUUGCUCGUUCAUCUCCGAGAACUACCGCUCCUCCUGCGUGCAAAUCUACAAUUACCACAGACUGCUGACAUGGGAUCAAAAACUGGGACUACACAUGGACAUAUUCAAAGUGCCGACCUGUUGCAGCUGCCACGUGCACGGUUAUUCCGAGAUUUUCCCGCCGCAUCAGAAGGAUCCGCCGAUGAAGCCUAAGGAGACGUUCCCGGGUGCGGACUUCGUGUCGAUUAACAGUCAGAAGGACGACUUCCAGGAUCUCGGCAAGCCCAGCGGUCUCAAUCACAUCAGCAAGUACACUCCAUCCUCGAACUAUGACUCAAGUCUCGUGUCCACUAACAAGAAACCGGUGGUAGAAGUGAGUCCCAGCAGGCCCAGCUUCACUCUGCCUACCCGGAACAGGUCGAAGAAACCUACGCCGAUCCCGAGGCCGUACGACAAAUUGCCGCAGCAGCACGCGCCCAAUACAAGGGCCCCAGGCUACAAAGGGCCGCUGACGAUGGGUAACCGACCUAACCGACUCAACAGGCCGCCCUUCAGGCGAGAGUCCACCUCCCACGUCGAGGACUACACGGAGACUUCCGGUAACAACUCGACCAACACUCGGUAUAGUCAGCCGUACGAUCAGGAAGUGGACGCCACGUCGAGGCUACAGAACGGAGGUUUCGAUGAGGAGUAUCAGGAGCCGCAGAGAAGGAUUAACUACAAUUAUCACCCUAUCAUAGACUUUUUCAAACCGGAAGCAUCCAUGCUGCAAUCGUCGGAACCACAACUCACCGUCACCCAGCCGGCAUCGCUUCAAAGCGAUAAUAGCUGGAAACCAUUAAUAUCUUAGAUUGUAAUCUUCUUCUUUUAGAGUACCUGAAAUUCUAUAUUAGUGAAGAUUACGAGUAAUGUACUUUGCGAGGUAUCUCUACGACACUGAGUAAUCUCUACGAUACUAAGAAAGUAUUAUUUCUUAGAUGAAUAUACAGGACAAUUCGCAAUAAGACAUUUAAAACAAUGACUGAAAAGAUUAACAAGAAUAAAAAAGUCUUAAAAUUUGAUCGAGUUCUAUGAUCUAACGUGAUUUUUAAAUAAAACAGAUUAACAGAUGCCUAAUUUGAGUAUAUACAUUUUAUUGCGAGGCGCUUUAUUAUUACAAAAAUUUAAAUGGAUACCACGUUUUUCGUUUCGUCAAUUAAAACUUUUAUCGUCAAAUUCGAUCGUGCGUGGAUUUAAAAACGAUUAUAAAUUCUUACGCAAUCGUAUCGCUCGGGAAGGAUUCUUUAUGUAACGAUAAAAGAAGAAUCGCAGAGAGAGUAGAUGUUAACGCUCGUAGAUGUAAUCGUUCGGUAGAAGAGUAUUAUGGCCACGGGCAGAUGCAAUGAUUGUUUUCUCUUUUCGUUACAUUAACACGUUACUUUAACUACGUUCAUUUUGACCUGCUAUUUAUUAAUCGUUACCUCGAUGAGUUAUUUAUAAUAAAUUAUACUUAAGGAAUGUACGAUGAUUAUGUUUUGUCUCUUUUGUAUCACCAAUAAAGUAUUCUUAGUUUGUUCUUUC